AUGGAAUAAGUUUUCUUUGAAAUCCUCUACCUAACAAUGUUGUAUGUUAGGCUCAAAUGUCACUACUGUUAAUGUUGACACACUACCAGGGUUGAACACUCUUGGGGUAUCAAUAGUUCGCAUCGACUUUGCACCAUAUGGUGGACUGAACCCUCCCCACAUUCAUCCUCGCGGUACAGAAGUCUUGGUAGUCCUAGAGGGUACUCUCUUGGUAGGCUUUGUCUCAUCCAACCAGGAUAACAAUCGUCUCUUCACCAAAGUCUUGAACAAGGGAGAUGUUUUUGUCUUCCCAAUUGGCAUGAUUCACUUCCAACUGAAUAUAGGGAAAACUCCUGCUGUUGCUUUUGCUGGUCUGAGUGGCCAGAAUCCUGGAGUAAUUACAAUCGCAAAUGCUACUUUCGGAUCUGAUCCACCCAUCAAUCCGGAUGUACUGACCAAGGCCUUCAUGUUGGACAAGAAUGUGGUUCAAUAUCUUCAGUCUAAGUUUUGAUAGGAUUAUAGUUAUAAAAAACUAUUUACAGGAUGAAGCAAUUGCUUCAUUUUUUUAUGAAUUUUUUAUGUUCCAUUGUGAUUGAAUAAAAAAUCAAGUGAUGC